CACCAAAGAGGCAGCAGCAAGGAAGCAGCAGCAGCAAGGAGACACCAGUAGCACGACAGCAGCAAGGAGACAGCAACGGGGAGGCCGCAGCAAGGAGACAGCAGCAAGACGGCAGCAGCACGGAGACAGCAGCACGGAGACUGCAGCGAGAAGCUAGAAGUAGUUAUACUGCAGCAGGAGAACAGCAGCAAGAAGACAGCAGCAAGGAGAUAGCAGCAGAAAGACAGCAGCAGGAAGGCAGCAGCAGGAAGGCAGCAGCAGGAAGGCAGCAGCAGGAAGGCAGCAGCAAGAAUAUAACAGCAAGGAGACAGCAGCAAUUAUACAGCAGCAAGGAGACAGCAACAGGAGGACAGCAGCAAAAAUACAGCAGAAAUGAUACAGCAGCAAUGAUACAGCAGCAAGAAGACAGCAGCAAGAAGGCAGCAGCAAGGGGACAGCAGCAAGGGGACAGCAGCAAGGGGACAGCUGCGAGGAGACAGCAGCACGAAGGCAGCAGCAAGGAGACCAUCGAAGCCUCAACAAAACCAUAG